GUAAUCGUUGUGUAACCGUUGUGUAAUCGUUGUGUAACCGUUGUGUAAUCGUUUAGAUCUCUGUAACAUUAUGUUUGUUUGUGUUUUCCAGGAGCGAUUCACGGACGACUGUAGGUUCUGGGAGCGUUUCCAGGAGAGCAGUUACAACACUUAUGCCUCGGUGUUGCACCGGAACCACCGGACGGGACGGGACUGGUACGUGGCCCUGAACAAGAGAGGAAAAUCUAAGAUGGGCUCCAGCCCCAGGGUCAAAUCCCAGCACGUUUCCACGCACUUCCUCCCCAGGCUCAGUGUGCACAACCUGCAGAGCGUUCGUGGUUUCACCAUCACCGACAGGAGCAAAGAGAGGAGGAAAAAACAGGCGCCACUGCUCAAACCGCCCUCACAACCAUACAGGGAUGUUAAUUCAGAGACACGGAAGAGGGUGCAGACUGUCAAGUACUGGCCCAAGUUUCGGUUUGGAUAGACUACGAAGUGAUGAGGGAGGAAGUAAUACAAACUGUAUGUGUGUUAUAUGGAUUGACAGGAUGGAUUACUGGCCAACGUAAACAUGGACAUGACACCUGUUGUCCUCAACAACAACAACAACAAUCGCUGAACUUUUACUUUCCGUUAUUUCAAAGCAUUCCAGAUGUCAUAAAAUAGUGAGUUAAAAACCUAAGGGCUGUAACAUGCAGUCAUUAAGCUUUGUGAUUGUAAGGCUAUGAUGGUUACAAUGGUUGUACAGCUAUGAUGGUUACAAUGGUUGUACAGCUAUGAUGGUUACAAUGGUUGUACAGCUAUGAUGGUUACAAUGGUUGUACAGCUAUGAUGGUUACAAUGGUUGUACAGCUAUGAUGGUUACAAUGGUUGUACAGCUAUGAUGGUUACAACUGCUUCCGAAGGUGGUCCCCUUCGGGCCAAUUAAAAACACAAUAUGCGAUAACUAGUUCAUAUAUAGUUAGAACCACAAUAUGCGAUAACUAGUUCAUAUAUAGUUAGAACCACAAUAUGCGAUAACUAGUUCAUAUAUAGUUAGAACCACAACAUGCGAUAACUACUUCAUAUAUAGUUAGAACCACAACAUGCGAUAACUAGUUCAUAUAUAGUUAGAAACACAACGUGAGAUACAUUACAUUAUCAAAAGACACCUGCUCAUCAAACAUCUCAUUCCAAAAUCAUGGGCAUUAAAAUGGAGUUGGUCCCCCCCUUUGCUGCUAUAACAGACUCGAUUUCC